AUGCAGGUCGACGCAGAAAUUCCGGCACAGUACAUUGAAACCGGUGACACAGAGAAAUCGAAGGAGAGUUUUUUGAUUUGUAACAAAAAUAACAUUUCGGUGAUGAGAACCAGCAGACUCGCGCUGUUGCUGAUCCUGGCGCUCGGUGUCCUUGCCGACAUCACCACCACCACCUCUUCCUCGUCAUCCUCCACCACCACCGGCGUAGCAAAUGCUGCAACAACCGCCACUAUCGGAACCGAUACUACACCAACAGAAAAUGCAACAACGCCGACUGCAACUCCAUCUACGACUUCUACUCCAUCCUCCACCCCAACUGCAACCCCAGCAACCACUACUGAUGUUACGCCGACGACUACGCCGACGGCAGCAACCACUCCGACCACAUCUUCAUCUGAGACCGUCACAUCGACGACCGCACCAGCCACAGCCGAGGCAACCACCAGCGACACCGCAACGAUCACGCCUACCACGUCCUUGACGUCUGAGACUGGAACAGACACCGAAAGCACGUCCACCACCAGCGUCUCACCAACCUUCGUCUGGGUCACUAUCACCGAAAAUAACUCGGUGGCUACCGUCUCUACAACCUACUCUCAGAAAUUCUCAUCCAUGUUUUCCACCACCGCCACUCCGUCGCAGGGAGUUGUGGGACUCGGCUCGCUAACUUCAAAAGGCACUGUUGGCACCCUUCGCAUGUACAGGACUGUCACAGUUUCCACUUCGUGA